GUUUUUUCUUGGAAUCUUUAUCAAGAUUUUGACUCUUUUUCGCUGAGAAGAGAUUAAAACAUCAGUUGGCAAAAAAAUCUCUUCGUACACAAGAAGUUUACGACAAUUUACAUUUCUAUUCGUUUGGUUCAAAUCCACAUGCAAACAGUGCAUUAAUUAGCAAUGUUUUUAAAGUGUUGGGUCACUAAAGACAAUAAUUUUUCUGAAUAGGCCUAGGAAUCGAGAGAAAAUUUCUUGAAUACUUCGAUACUCGGUGAUGUGAUUAACUUUUUCUGUAAGAUAACCAAUCUACUAUAAAAUUUGUCAAACCUUGUGUUCGACCGUGUUUGCUUAAGGCAUAUUUUGUCACGUUCAUGGCGGUUUUGAGCCCUAGAGACAAGUCAGACAGUUGAUGUGACCCAGAAAAACAAAGCAGAAACCGAAAGUCGUCCAAACAAAUAAAGAAAUUGAAGAUUUUGCGUUUCGUUGAACACACAAUGAGAAAGUUACACAGAAAAAGCUAAUGCUACCCCUGUUUAGUGGUGUUGAAAGCAAGGAACUUUCCGUUAUAUUUCAUUGAAAUCCCGAAAAUUUGCAGUUUGAAACCCUCACACGCGGUUAACCACUUAUAGUUUCUUAUAGGAAGGAAGCCAACACUCCGCCCUGAAUAUGAUUUUGUCACUAUCGUUUGACACGUCCUUAUGACAAGGCUAUAAAUAUUUAAAAGAGAAAUCAUAAAGUGACCGGCCUGUUUUGUCUCGUAAUUCACUUGACGAUAUUAAAUACAUAAAUUGAAACUGUAUCAGUUCUGGCUCUUUCAGUAUUUUCGGACUUUUUCCAUCAAAUGAAUGAAGGCCAUGUCCACCGAGUGCUAUGAAUGUACUUCUCUUGUAUCCAUGGAGGAUUGUGUUCAAUUCAUGAAGAAGACCGAAUGUCCAAAGCCAACAGAUCGCUGCCGUAACAUGACUGUUCAAGUUUUCGUCACAUUGCUCGGAGAAAAUCAGACAGGUUUUCAGAGGGGCUGCGCAUCUCAAGAUGAGUGUGUGUUCGAGCUAUGUUCGGGCCAUUUUGCGGAACACUACGGCGAGAAAUCACUCGCUUACAACGUUUGUCAGAUGAGUUGUUGUGAGGGGGAUUUCUGCCCCGAGGGAAACAUUACCAUCACUGAGGGAAAUGAAGGUCCGGUGAAAGGAGCGCGAGGCGGGAAAGGUUUUGAAAUACUUGCGAGUGUUCCUGUCACGGUAACAAGUACUCUACUGAGCCUUGUCAGGGCCCGUUUGUUGUAAAGAUUAAGUUUUCAGCGUAAAGUAGAUGAUAAGGCAAAGUUUUACCUCUGAAUCAGCGCCACAUCAAAAAUCACAAAUCUGCUUUGAUGUAAUUAACGCAGCAACAUUUUCAGUUUUUAAAUUCAUGUUCGAUUACUUUUUCAAUAAAUCGACUAGUAAUUAAGAAAGAAAAAGAUUUCUACUGCUGGAAAAUUACAAACCUAUUAAAAGUUUCUUAGAAUUGAAAAAGACUUAGCAAGUUCCCUUUACUUUUUAUCUGCAUGGGUAGAAUUUGAUAUAAGAAUUGGAAUUAGUAAAUACUUCAUGUUAUCAGUUAAAUGUUUGUGUCUCACUGAGACUAUUUUGUCAAGCAUUUUUAAAGAUGGGAUCUAUUUUUCCAUUCGUUAACCUGAGUUCAGCGGCCUUUAAUCAUAGUUAAUUAACACGACGAACAAAACUACGCCUCUUAACGAAUUUUUCCACACCACACCCUUUCUAAGGAACGUGGCGAAAGCGCAGGAAUUUUUUAACCUGGCGAAUUUUUCUGCGCGAAAAAGGAAAAUAAAUCUGCUGAUUGCAUUCGAAAAAGAGGCGGUUUUUUUCCACAGUGGUAAAAUGAAAUAGAGAAAAAUGCAGAAACGUCUCAUCCUCAGUUAAGGUAAUUGUGGUUUUGCUCUCCAAAGCAGCCGGUAAUCUUUGACGUGAUAUUAAUUUUUUUCGUUAGCUACUUCUCCCAUCAGCCAGUGCUUUGGUUUUGAGACCAUUGGGGACUACUUAUAUACUAGCAUUUGAACAUUUUGAUAAAUAUAAGAUGUUUGUACUUUUUCACUUAAACUGCGAUGAUAAACUUACCAUAUAGCUGACCCAAUAGUUGACCAAUGUAUCUUCUUUUUUUUUUUACGUUUUUUACAUAAUAAAGUAUACAAUAAAAAGAUAUGCAGUAAAGUUA